AUGCCGCUCUGUCUCACCUUCAUCGACUUGAAAAAGGCCUUCGACUCAGCUGAGACGGAAGCGGUCGUGGAAGCCUUGGACAACCAAGGCGUCCCUACUCAGUACAUAAAGCAUCAGCCAAGAGGAACGAAUGCUGACCGAAUUCGACGAAACAUGUGGAUGCAUUGGUCUUCAGCUGAAUCUACAAAAGACGAUGUUCAUGCGGGACGGAUGGAUCUCGGAUGCCCCAUUCACGCUCAACGGAACGAACAUAUCCGAAUGCACCAGCUAUGUUUAUCUGGGUCGGAAAUUGAACAUGAUGAACCACCUGACCCCCGAGCUGGGCAGGAGGAGACGAGCGGCUUGGAGAGCGUACAAGAGCAUCGAGGAUGUAGUGAAGAAGACCAGGAACAUCCGGCUUCGUGCUCACCUCUUCAACACCAACAGGAAGAAAACGCGGAAAGAACUCAAGCUAUCGUCUUGGAGACACAAUUUACUUCACGAUUGCUUCUUGAAACGCUUUCCAAAUUCAACGAAACGGUGUACUCACUGAUAGAUCCACUUAUGGAAGCACAAAUGAAUCAAGAACACAGAUACAUGGAGAAUGCACAUGUAGCACUUGAGCGAACUCAUUGUCUUGGAUUUCAAAUGGACGCAGCGCUCGCAAUCAGACGGGGAACAUUAGAAACAACAACAACGCCGCACUGGCCAGCUAUCACCUAUUUCCAAGGAAAAUAUGACAAUUUCUGGACGUUUUCUUCAGCCAAGAUACACCAAGAAAACGCAAAAGCAAAUGGCACAAUGACCCAUCGACAGAGACACUUUCUUGGCUAUGUUGUUAUACAACUACAAUGUUUUGCCAGUCAGAUGACCCGAAGUCAAAAACAUUUCCGCGAAAUCCCACCAUAUCCGCUCGACACAUCAUCAUGCAAGAGCGUAAAUCAUGUCUCAUCUGUGGGAUACAGGGACAUGUAA